AUGUUGGGCGUAGUUGUCUUGGUGACAUACGGUGUAUUACAGAACAGAAAAAGGAUAAGUUCAAGGGUUAUGUCAGACAACAUCAAUGCACAUUAUCAGGUAAAAUUGCAACCUGGAUUAUUACAACUUAUCAAUCCAACUGAACCAAAAUAUCCCUACGAUGUCCAUUAUAUCAAAGAAGAUGAGGCAUUUUGUUCUUCAGUUACAAAUCUUACUUUCUUAGUCAUUGUGUUAUCAUCUACAACAAACUUUAACAGAAGGCAAACAUUGAGAAAAACCUGGGCAAACGAAUCCUUAUAUACUUCGUACGGAACACUGAAGGUUGUAUUUCUUCUAGGAACCAGCGACAAUGCCCAUGUCCAGAAACAAAUUGAUAAAGAAUUUAAUCUCUAUGGUGAUAUGGUUCAAGGAGCUUUUCUAGAUACUUAUGAAAAUCUUACACACAAAUCAACGAUGGGAUUUAAAUGGGCAACUGAAAGAUGCAGAAAUGCAAGAUAUGUUAUAAAAACAGAUGACGAUGUAGUGAUCAAUAUGUUUGAGCUUUUUCAAAACAAUAAACUGAGUGAAUCUGAAAACAAAACUCAUGUGCUCUGCCAUCGUCAGUCGACUAGGGUUUUAAGAGAUGAAAGCGAAAAAUGGUUUGUCAGCCAUUACCAGUUUAAGGGAAUGAGCAGAUUUCCUCCAUAUUGCGGGGGCCUUUUUGUGAUGAUUUUAAAUGAAGUGGUUCCAUAUCUCUAUGAGUCUGCUUCAAAGACACCAUUCUUCUGGUUAGAAGAUGUUUUGUUAUAUGGAAUUGCCUUAAACAACAUACCUGGACUUAAAAUCCAACCAAUACGCGAGAACAUUGAGGGUUUUCACAUUAAAGCAUCAAUAAAUUGCCUAGAUAAAAUGAAGAAGCAAUGUCCAUUAUUUGUAUUUAUGACAGUAACUCUUAAUGAUAUCGUAAAACUUUGGGCAACUAUUUUACAAGUAUACAACAGCUGA